UGUUUUUGUUUUUUUUGCAGAUAUUUUUGUGAAAUCUUUCUGGAUUCCUCAAUGCAUGCCAAAACUUCCUGUAAAACACAGUCAGAAAUGCUGUUUUGGGGAGAGUUCUUUGAAUUCAGUAACUUGCUCAACAUAAAACAGAUUAUUUUGUAUCUGUAUCGAGAAGCAGACAAGAAGAAGAAAAAAGAUAAAAAUACUAAAAUAGGAAUUGUAACUAUUCCAGUCUGUGACCUUGGUAACAAACAGUUAGUUGAGAAAUGGUUCACUGUGAAUAGUGUUACUGUUGGCAAACAGUUGAAAGAAAACCGAGCAGAAUUACCCAUGAUUCGGGUACGGAUCAAAUACCAAUCUGUACAGAUUCUACCUCAAGAACUUUACAAAGACUUUACAGAGUAUUUAACCAGUAAUUAUGUGAGCCUGUGUGAACAUCUGGAGCCGUUGGUGAGUGUGCGGGACAAGGAAGACAUUGCUACAUGUUUAGUACAUGCCAUGCAGCACUUGAAUAAAGCAAAGAACUUCCUCUGUGAUGUGGUCAUGGCAGAAAUAUCUAGAUUAGACAAUGAACAUCUGACAUUUCGAGGCAACAGUAUUGCAACAAAGGCAAUGGAAGCCUACAUGAAAUUGGUUGGUGAAAACUAUUUACAAGUGACAUUGAGAGAAUUUGUUAUGGAGAUUAUUGAGCUGUCGGAAGACUAUGAGGUCGACCCCACCAAGCUUUCCAACAAUGCAACUCUCCAACGAAACCAAGCCAACCUAAAGAAACUCUGCGAACAAGCUUGGAAUAAAAUUUCAAAUUCUAGACGUUAUUUUCCUGGUGAACUUCGAGAAGUGUUUGCAGGUUUCCGAGAAAACUGCCGUGUAAACGAGAAGGAAGACCUUAGUGAUAACUUAAUCAGUGCAUCAAUAUUUUUGAGAUUCUUGUGUCCAGCAAUCCUUUCUCCUAGUCUUUUUAAACUGAUUCAAGAAUACCCGUCAGACAAAGCUGUCAGGACAUUAACUUUGAUAGCGAAGGCCAUUCAAAAGCUGGCUAAUUUCACACAAUUUGGUGGUAAAGAAGAAUUCAUGAUCUUCAUGAAUGAUUUUGUAGAAGAAGAAUUUGAAAAUAUGAAACAGUUUCUAAAAGAUAUUUCUAGUGAAGAUGUUGGGAAUGAAUUCCUAAAGAACCAGCAUGCUGUUAUAGAUUUUGGCAAAGAACUCUCUGUUCUACAUUCUCUUCUUAUAGAAACAUUAGAUAAAGCUAAUGAGGCUACAAUAACAAAACUGCAUCCAUUACUUGAUAUUCUCAAUGGACUCACCCAGGCCUUAAACGAUCCCAAAAUUGGGAAAAAACAACCUAACCGAAAGAGCCAGAUCUAUGACAAUUUGGCCACGACACCAAACAGCAAUCCUUCGGUGAGCUCAUUACUUCAGCUGAGCAAGUCAACUUUACACACGAACGACAACAACCACACAAUAAACAUGGAUGACAGUAUGAAUUCAGACAACGGUGGAAUCACUCAACAGACAUCAGGCACAUGGAAGCGUACUAACGAGGCAAAUAUGUGCAGUGCAUUUAACGAUAUUUCUGUGACACGAGAUAUUUCUGAUGUAUCGGUCAGCAAACACACUAAUAAUAAUAAAGACUCGUUAAAACAAUGGUGGAACGAUAUUCUAACGACAGCCGAAGCUGUUAAUGGUUAUGAUAACAGAAUUAGUUACAUUGAUGACACAGGCGAUGCUCCGUACGAGACGGCGCUUGCAGACAAAACCAACUCAGAUCUUCAACAUCGUAGCCAUACCAGUAAUUCUCUUGCAGCAUCUUCCCAACGAUCUACUAGUCAAAAUUCUUUCAUGUCCUCUUCAGGUUAUCAACCGACGGUGUAUAGCCCGUCAACCUUGUCCAUGGAACUACCACUGGCACCUCAAGAACAAUUCAGCGGCUCAACGUUACCUGCUCAGUUUUCUAGUUUGAGUUCCACAUCAUUUGCUACUCAACAUUCCUCCAUCCAGCAGCCACUAUCUUUUUCCAAUCCCUUGUAUAAACACCAACGGAAUUCUCAAUCUGUAAUGCCAUCUUCUUCGAUAUCCCUUUCAGGAAAUGCAUUGUCUACAAUGGAAGGUGCUGGCGCUGCGAGUGGUGCUUCAUCUCCAAUGGUGCACAGUAGCUUGAAGAUUCCUCAGACCUCAAGUUCAAGUUCCUUAAGUAGUACGGAUGACUCAAGCACAUUACCAUUUGUCAGUGUAAACACGCAAGUGCACCAGACUCGCAGCCCAAUGCGGAAUCUACCAAUUACGGCAAUAACGACUUUAGAUUCCGCUCGCAAAAUAACGGAUCCCAUUCAAAAAUUCUCUCAGCUCUCUAGUUCUAGCUCAAGUAGUGAGUCACUUUGUGAUCGACGUAACUUAGUACACUCCACCCCCAUGCAAACAGACAUUGAUAAUUUACAGCAUGGCCCCGCCUUGCAGCGGAUUAACCCUUUAUAUGGACACUGCAGCCCAAAACCGAGCCUAAAGUCAGUCACUUUACGCUCGCACAACCAACCAGGAAACAGCCCGUUGAACACUUCAUGUGAAUUGCCUCAAGGUGUUGAGAUGAAGUUUUCUGGGGCUCGAUACGAAGACCCGUCGAGGUCUUUAAACGAUAGAGACGCUAGUGUUAUACAUUGUAACACUUUGCCAAAACGAGCUGAGAAGGAUCGUCACUUGGCAACAUCAUCUGUUUCGGAUGAAUUCUCUGUUUAUAAACCUGGCACUCGGCUCUCACUGGCUCAGCAGCACUCUCUCCACAGUGGCACCCAAACGGUACAACACAGGAAGUCUGAGCCAGUGAAAACCAGGGAAGAGACUGACAUUGAUGGUUCAGAAUCAGACCCUGAGUACGAGAAAGAAGUUUCUACGUUGAAGAAGCAGUUACUGGAGACGCAAUCCCGUCUUCAUGAAGCUGAACGUAUGCUAUUCACCCAAGAAUCGGGUACGCAACAGAUGAUGCAGGAUUGGCAACAACGUUUAGAGGAGAGUGAGGAACGAAUGCGCAAACAGCAGGCUGAGAAAGACGACCAAAUUAAGACUGUCAUAGAGCGGUAUGUCAUAGCUUACUCGUCCCAUUGACCCUAACCCCCAAUCAUCUGUUCUCCUUCAUUAUAAAAGGACUUUCUAUUUAGUUGCUCCUUAGGAAAAAAAAGGAAACCAAAAAAAAAAAGAAAUAU